AUGGCGGGCCGCCAGGAAUCAGUAAAUUUGGACAGUCUCAGCCCGCAACAAUUAAGUGCUGUCAAGAAGCAACUUGAUGAAGAGGUCGAGCACUUGUCAACAUCCUUUUCACAGUUGAUGGCUGCCCAGGGCAAGUUCAAAGAAUGCCUUCGUUGUGUCCAGGGAAAGCCACGGGAGGCCGGCAAGAAUGUGCUUGUGCCGUUAACAAACUCACUAUAUGUUGGUGGCACUUUGAGCGAUCCUGACCACGUCAUCGUGGACGUUGGAACCGGCUUCUAUGUUGAAAAGGGCACAAAACGCGCUGCGCAGUUCUACGAGGACAAGAUCAAGGAGCUUACCGGUAGCAUUCAAGAGCUUGAGGCCAUUGUGCAGAACAAGACAUCAACAUUGAGAGUGGUGGAAGAGGUUUUGCGGCAAAAGGUUCUUGCUGGUUCAGCACAACAAUAA